AUGUCGACCGAUGGCAUCAGCGCGCCAGGUAGCAGUGUCUAUGACUCUAGCACCAUGUUUGUUGGAGACGGAACCUGGAUCUCUACCAAGAACACGUUCCUCCUGCCCAACCUCCAGGGACUGAACUUUGCGACUAUGCAGUUGAACAGUGAGAUUGCCCAGACUUGGCUAGCCUCUCGCUUCUCCGCCCUCCCUCAGUACCACCGUCUUGUCAUUGGCCACGGAGUUGUUGCUGCUCUCGUUUUUCUUCUCAUUGUCCCCUCGGCCAUCUUUGUCGCUCGCUUCUACUACCGAAACCCUCGACUCGCUCUCAGACUCCACAUCUAUCUCCAGAUCCUGACGGUCGCCUUGGUCACUGUUGUCCUAAUUCUCGGCUGGUUUGCUGUAGGCCCUGAGCGAAGCUUGUCCAACCCUCAUCACGGCAUCGGCGUCGCUCUGUACACUCUCGUGCUCAUUCAGUUCUUUGGUGGUGCUUUGAUUCACCGGAUCGAGAAGGGCAAGUCGCGAUGGAAGAUUCCUCUUAAACUGAUGCUUCACCAAUGGCUCGGUAGAGCAAUCGCCUUACUCGGCCUUGCACAGAUUCCCCUCGGCAUGACCCUGUAUGGCUCUCCCAAAUACUUGUACAUCCUCUACGCUCUGGCUGUCUUCGCCCUCAUCGUCUUGUACUUCAUCCUCUGUUACAUUUACCAACCCGUUGCCGACUAUGAUGACUACUCAAGUUACACCUCAGGCCCAACAAGGACUGAAAUCACCGAUGACCGCCGGACUGGACGCACUCGACGCACUGUUAGUACUGGUAGUAACGCUAGUCAUCACGGCUUGAGAAACACGGCUUUCUUUGGCGCAGGCUUGGCUGGAUUGGCAGCUCUUCGUCGACGUUCGCAAAGCAGAAGGGCGCAAUCAUCUGAUAGAGCAAAGGUUCCUUCACACAGAUCUUACCCUUCCGGCUCAUAUAUCGAAGAAGAAAAGAUAAUCGAAAGCCGUCCCAAGAGCAACACCUGGAGAAACAGAGUGCUAGGGGCCGGCGCUGGACUGGGUGCAUAUCACGGAUUGAAGAGGGCUUUCUCGCGUAGACAGCCACAAGACGAAGAAAGCUAUGCCGGCUCUUCAUACGCUCCUACAGUCGGUGGAAGUCAGGCCGUCAACCGAGUCGAUGUGAUGAGAGUCCAAGAUGGGGAAGCACCUCUGUCGCCCGAGCCUCAACGAAUCACCAGGUCGGACAGAACCAGCGUAGUUCAAGCGGCCGCUCCCCUCGGACAGCCUCUUCGUUCACGCACGAGUCGAGAUUCCUUCUCUUCAUACGAUAGUCGGAGCUCGUUCGAGGAUGAUCAACCCUCCCGCCCGAUCAAAGUUGCUGAGCCUGGUAUCAUAGCUGGUAUCGGCUCCAUGGGCUUGCUCGGAUACUUCAGAGAGAAACGUAAACAGAGCCAAAUCAAAAAAGACAAUGUUAGGGUCGUGGACAUGCGUCAGCAAGAACGACAUAAUGCUGAGCGUAUCAACCGCGCCAACAGUCGGCGCUACAUAGAUCGACCUAGACACAGGAGACCGAGCAUCGCUGACACCGAAGCUACACAUGAUCUCGGAUUUGCAGGAAGCAACCCAGAACUCUCGAGACAUCACCUACCUGCUGGCAACAUGCCUCCUUUGCCCGCUUCCGCAGCAACUUUACCAGGAAGCAACCAAUACAGCACAACUCGACUGUCAAACAACGAUGGACCUGCAACUUUGGCGCCGUCGAUGAUGGGUCCUGCAUACCCGACUCAGCCUGGUCCUGUAUCAAUGCCUGAAGGCGCCAUCGUACCGGAUGCUUCUCGUCUUGCAAGGUCCAACAACACAUCCAGGAUCCAUCUUCCUUUAGAGCCGAUAGCGGCAGGUCCUGCUGCUGUCAGUACAUCACAUUCACCCUCGAGACCUGACUACCAUGAAAGACCGGAACAUCAUCACAACACUAUGUCACAAAUGAAAGCCACCAACAGCCCAACAAGCGUUGCUUCUCCACCAGUCAGCGUCAAGGUCAAGAUGCACAACGAUGGGCGCCAUGUCACACUUCGUCGGUUGAACGAAGAUGAAGCUGCAGCAGAGCGAGAGGCGCGAAGACGAGAGAGACGUCAGAGAAGGAGAAGAGCCGAAAGCCUGAGCUCUGGAGUAGAAGACGAGAGUGUCAGGUACAGACGUGCUCAAGGCGCUGUGCCAUCUGCAAACAGUGCAGCCAGACCACCAGCUUCAUCACAUCCGGAUGAGCUGAACCUGCCGCCUAUGCAGGGUCCUCCACCAGUUCCUGUCCACAGUACAGGUAUGAGUCCUGUCAAUAUGGCUCCCAGUGGCAUGACCAGCGGCAUCGGCAGUCCUGGAACCUAUGACACAGGUACUGGAACGGACCUCAGUGCCUUUGACACUAACAGAAAAAGACGAAGAGCAGAACGGGCUGCACAACGAAGCGCUAACCAAGGCGCUCGCGUCGAGUUCUCCUAA